AUGUCUUUGACUAUCCCACCAGGCGUAAGCCUGUCCGAAAUCCCCGCUUUGCAACCACCGCCAGGCGUCACGCCAAAUUUCACCAAUCCCGAGUCCCAAGCGCAUGGUGUGAUGAUUGCAAACGGCAUCAUCACCGCUGUGAUGCUUGUAUUUGUGCUUUUGAGAGUAUACACAAAGGCGUUUUUGACAAAGACGCUUUUCUGGGAAGAUGCUGCUUGCAUUGCUGGGACAGUAAUGUCUGUGGGCUAUCUUGGGCUGCUUGCUCAUGUUUUUCAACCCGGCCGCUUGGGCCCGCAUCAAUGGAACGUACGAUUGACGGUACUUCUCAAUGAUUCAUAUAUCAAGGAACUCAAAGCCGUCAACUUCCUCUACGGGCCAAUGAUGACUUUCACCAAACUCAGCAUUUUGCUACUCUACUUCCGCCUUUUCUCUCCUACUAAGACUAUAAGGAUCUGGAUAUAUGUUGGAAUUGUCACGACCCUUCUAAACCAUGUUGUUGGCACUAUCAUUGCCAUCACGAUAUGCCUUCCGUCCGACGCCGUGGGGUAUUCCAGAUGCUCUGGCCGCCUCCAUCCGUUAGAUGUCGUAAUUAAUGCCAUCAACAUACUCAGCGACUUUUACAUCUUGGUCCUCCCACUGUUCGUCAUCUCAAAAUUACACAUGCAAAGAGCUAAGAAAUUCGGAGUCAGCGCGGUGUUCCUCACCGGGUUCCUCGCCUGUGUUUCAAGCAUCGCUGGGCUCGCAUAUCGCAUCAAGACAUGGAAAUCCGAAGACAUCAGCUGGUGGAUUGGUCCAAUGCUGCUCUGCUCUCUGACCGAGAUUAAUAUUGGGCUCAUUGUCGGCUGCAUGCCGGUCCUGCCCGUCCUCUUCCAACACGAGAAAGGACUCAAGUUUGUGGGCAAGUACUUCAGCUCGCUGCGCUCCGACAUCCACAGUCUUCGUAACAUCCUGCGCACUAAGCGAAGCAGCGACGAUGAGAAGGAGAGUCAUUUGAGGGCGCCACCGCCGGAGCUAGGGCUUCACCAUCCAUUGAAGGACUCUGGGUCUUCAUUUGCUAGUACACCGAAAGAAGACGGGAAGCUUGCACAUGAUGAAACAUCAUGUUAUGAGCCUGUUACAAUGGUUUGA